UGCCGGAUGCAGAACGCAGACUCGUCCUCCCCCCCAACUCCUACAGCCUGCUGAUUGGCAGCGAGGACGCCCUCCGUCAGCUACUCAGGGGAAAAUUUGGCUGCCUGAUGAGCCUUCAGGGGCCAAGAGCCCAGAAAUCGCUUUCUUCCUCGGAAUCUCCGGUUCUGUUUUACGAGAAGAAUGUCGGAGGCUGUAAAAUCACCACGUGGAAGGGGGACAUGACGAAGCAGGACGCCGACGCCGUGGUGAACGCAGCCAAUGAAGAUCUCCAGCAUGUGGGAGGCAUUGCCUGGGCGCUGGCGGAGGCCGGGGGGCCGCAGGUCCAGCGGGAGAGCGCUCGGUACAUGUCUAACCACGGACGGAUACCCACAGGGUCUGUUGCCGUCACAUCUGGGGGAAAUCUCCCCUGCAAACAAAUUAUUCAUGCCGUGGGACCGAGGUGGGAUCGGUCCAGCCCGGCCAAGUGUGAGUCGCAGCUGGAAGACGCCAUUAAGAGCGUUCUGUCUCACGUAAACCGAGACCACAGAAUCCGCUCCGUGGCCAUCCCGGCCGUCAGCUCCGGAAUAUUUGGUUUCCCUUUGGACGGAUGCGCAGAAAUCAUCGUCCGAACCGCCGCGUCUUUCUGCAGCCGCGUGAAAUGCGAUCACCUGAGGGAAAUCCGGUUCGUGAAUAACGAUGACAGAACCGUUGGUGCCAUGACACGCGCAUGUGAGCAGAUCUUAGGGCCCGGAGAUCACCCCAGAGCGUCCCUGGAGGGGGCUUCACAACCCGUCCCUGCGCCGACCUCCUCCCACCGAGCGCCUUUCUCUGCGGAGUCCUUUGGGAUCAACGGCCUGAAACUGCACCUUCAAGUAGGAUGCAUCGAAGACCAAAGCAGCACGGUUAUUGUAAACUCCAUAUCUUCUGACCUAAAUCUCAGUUUUGGGAGAAUCUCCAACGCGAUUCUGCAGAGAGCCGGAUCUCAGCUACAAGAAGAGAUCAAUCGGUUCAAACAAAGACGCGGAUCCUCGCUGAUCCCCACAAAAGGAUUCGGCCUGCCGUGCGAGUACGUCUACCACGUCAUACUGACAUCAUACUCCGGGUCCGCAACAGAGUCGGAUAUUGGCGAAGCGAUCUAUGCCUGCUUGGCCCGGGCGCAGAAACACGGAUCUCGCUCCAUCUCAUUCCCCGCGCUGGGCUCGGGGCUUCUGGGAUUUCACAAACCGGCAGUGGCUGAAAUCAUGACGCAGACGGUGGUCCAGUUUGCGCAGGAAGCCGUGCGGACCCUCGACGUUCACUUUGUGAUCCACCCGGGCGACUCGGACAUGUUCACGAUAUUGAAGGCGACGCUGCAGCGCAUGCCCGGAGUAUUCCCAAUCCAAGCAGCUGAACCACAAGGGCCCGGAGUCUCAGUAGAAGAAAUCUGCGCAAUUAUCAGGGGGCCGAGCUAUGAAGAUGUUCUAGAAGCAGAGAACUGGCUGGAGAAGUCAGUCCUGAGCCACGAGACCACGAACAUCCGGAACAAUCACAUCGUAUUGUUCGGGGAAAAGGAGCACGACGCGUUGGCGGAAGCGGCUGGCGUGGAGAUCGCCGAGUCCCUGGCCGAUGGGAUCUUCUCUCUGAGUGUAACGGGGAACGCGGAGGAGAAGGUGAGGGCCGUGGUGCAGGUGGAGAAGGAUCUACUCAGGGUUCAGGAGGAGCUCCUUAGAAUGCUGGAGGAGGAUCUGAUCCAGAACGCUGUGCGUUGGUCCAACGUGAACGGGACGCAGAGACACCAGAACCCUGACCCCAUUACCCCGGAGAAGGGAUCACUGACGCAGGGCCCUUUAUAUUCCGCGAAGAGCGGAUCCCAGGAGCGGGUGACGGCCCCGUGGCCCCCGCUGGUGAGAGAGACGCUGGAUGGCGGCUGCCCCCAAUUUCAAGAGAAAAAGAAUGAGUUUACGACAGCGAAUCUUACGCUUCUGAAGGUACGUGGAUGGCUGAGGUUAUUAGGUUUGGGGUCAGAGAUGGAGAGGAUAGAGAACGGCCCCCUGGCUGCUGUUAACCGAUCAAAAAGAGGGAACAAAGACUUUUCCGCCUCGGGAAGCGGCGUUCGCACGUUGUACAUGCGCGUUCCUGCCGAGUGCUGCCGACUAAUCUGCAGAGUGGGAUUUCACAGACUCUACUCAUGUGCCGUAGGUUCGAAGUACGGAGCCGGGAUUUAUUUCCACAGAAGCCUCACCGACGCGCUGGAGGGGGGGGCCGCGCUCCCAGACCCCGGCAGCCUCGUUUAUAUCUUCCAAGCUGAGGUCACGGUCGGUAAAUUCACCGAAGGAAGGAGCUCCUGCCCCCUGCCGCCCGCCGUCGGCUCCGACGAAUUAGAGCUCUACGGAAGUUUGGUGGAUUCGGCGUCAGGUCCUAAAACCUUUGUCAUUUUUGACCGUUAUCGCGCUCUCCCGCGCUUCCUCUUCACCUGUAAAUGGAACGGCCCCCGCGGCUCCUACGUUUAAUCUCUAAAUACAGUUCGGGUUCCCCGCUCUAUCGUUAUCAGCCGGUUAUCGGCCGAGGGAUUCAGAGAACCAGCUUUACAAUCAACUUUCAAAGCCUCAGAGGUCUCUUGUUCAGAUGUCACAGCAGAGUUAGGAUUGAGGAAAAAGAACGCCGUGUUGUUUAAAGCUGCUGUUCCACCUCUUGUGCCUUUAACACUUUUUAUAACUCAAUAAGAAACAGAGGUAAUUAACUCGUACAUUUUGCCUCAUUCGUAAUUUUUGCCGGGAACGCCUUAAUUGUCACGUGACAAAAGAACCAGGCCGUGACAGCGGGGUGGGGGGUAAAAUAAUAUCGUUUUGAAUUGAUUUUUAAGAGGGGAGGAAGUAGAAAAAUAUAGAAACUCGGAUGAGACGCAGCAACCCAAUCACUUUGUUUAUUGAAAUUAAAUGUGUUUUUAAAAGCAAAAAUCUUUACAAAAAUACAGAAAUCAGUAAAUUGAUGGCUUUGUAUAUUUUUUCGAACACUUUAUAUAUUUCUGAAAUAAAUGUGAUUAUUGAUCCUG